CGGGAGGUUUGAAGUUGGACGGCGGAGCGCAGGGACGCAGUGUGGUCGCGGAGCCCGUCCGGUCCUGUCAAACGACGUCCGCUCCGGGGUUUGCGAGCGGCGGAGUUGAUUGACAGGGGCGCCCGCGAGGCGUCCCCACCCGCGCCAGCGUCCCGAGCAGCCAUUCCGCGCGCGAACGACAGGGCGGCGCUCGGGAGCGCGGGGAACCGAGGCGCGGCGGUUCUGAGCGGUUAUUCCGCGGCCCCCGCGGGCCUGAGCGGACGACGCCCUCCCGACCCGCUCCCAGGUGGGCCCCGGUGCGGCGCCGAGAGCGUCGGCGUCUCCUCUGGGCACCGAGGGGUGCGGCUCGGACCGACGGGCCGUCCGCCCUCCCAGCGGACGAGAGGACAGAGCGAAGGCCUCGCGGAGCAGGACCCGGACCCGCGGGAACACGGGAGACGCCGGGCCCCCGUCCCGGGGCCCCCGCCUUCACCCCGGCCGCGGAGAAAACCGGGAGAGCGGCCGUCCGCGGGGCCGGGGAGCGGCUCCCGCCUGCGCACGCGCGGGGCUGCGGGUCCGGCUCGGCGCGGUUGGAGGUGCGGCUUCCUGCGGUCCUCAUGGCGGCCCCCGGGGCCCCGCGGGGCUUGGUCCUGAAAGAUGUAGUGGCUUAUGUGGAAGUGUGGUCAGCCAAUGGAACAGAAAAUUAUUCAAAGACAUUUACAAACCAACUUGUGGAGAUGGGGGCAAAGGUCUCAAAAACUUUUAACAAGCAAGUAACUCACGUUGUGUUCAAAGACGGAUACCCACGCACCUGGGACAAAGCCCGGGAGCGAGGCGUCAAGCUCGUCUCUGUGCUCUGGGUCGAAAAGUGCAGGACGGCCGGGGCGCACGUCGAUGAGGCCCUGUUUCCUGCGGCGAACACCCACGAACACCUGCCCUGCCUCAUUAAAAAAAAACAUAGGUGUAUGCAGCCCAAGGAUUUUACUCCUAAAACACCAGAGAAUGAUAAGAGACUUCAAAAGAAAUUUGAGAAAAUGGCUAAUGAGCUACAAAAGCAAAAAACAACAUUAGAUAACGACGUCCCUGUCCUCUUGUUUGAGUCCAAUGGUGCCUUGAUGUACAGCCCCACAGCGACCGCGUACAGAGGUCGUCACCGCGCCAUGGAGCAGAGGCUGCAGGAGAUGAAGGAGAAGCGGGCAAACCUCUCCCCGACCGCUUCCCAGAUGAUGGAAAAGCCUUUCGAUAACCCAGCUCACGCCUCCUGUGAAGCUUCUUUGAAUAUCUCACAUGACACUUUGUGUUCAGAGGACUCCUGGGCUGGCGGCCUGCAGUCAUCUUUUGACGAUCCUUGUGGAGACUCGGGGCGUGGGGAUCAGGAGAGGAAAUUGGGAGGACCCGCUGACGACACUAGCAGCCCCCUGUGUGCUUCCUCACCGGCACUGGAAACGAGCAGCGUUCGCUCACCCGCGUCUCCCAGGUACCUCGGCCGGCUAGCACCUCAGAUGCCUGAGCACCAUCGUGCGGAGGAGGACGUGGGUUGGCAGACGGACCCUGCAGGCGUGGCGGCCACCCCUGACCAGCAGCCUUCGGUAACUAAAGGCCACCAUCUGGGACCCGCAGCCAGGAGCUCCUCCGCGAAGAGAAAGCGCCCGUUGGAGCAGGCCCACGCGCCCCCAGAGGGGAGGCCGAAGAAGCCCAAGUGCGGCCGGAAGUCUGCUGUGCGGCUGUUCCCCUCCCCCAGGGCCCAGGCCCCCGCCAGCCCGGCCUCGGGGACUCCUCCUGGGGGCGCGUCCUCCUAUGAGGAUUACUUCUCACCAGACAACCUCCGGGAGCGGAGCCUGGGGACUCUCCCUCCAGGGCUGCAGUCCCCUCCGGGCCCCGCCCACCCCCCCUGCAGAGCCGGGCUCUCCAGGUGGGAGCGAGCCAGCAUCCUGGGCAUGUCCGACUUCUCCUGCCUGGGCAAGGACCCCAGCUUGGUCCCCGCUGCCAGUGCCACUGCCCAGGCCAGCCCGGGGCUUCAUGCACCUGCAAGUGGGGGGUCCCACGCACCUGUCCCGCGGAACGUGCCUGCUGCCGAGGCCGCUCCGGGGCGCGGCCCCCCUGAGGAUGCUCAGAGAGGAGACGGGGGCCCUGAGGGACACCAUGGGGCCGGCACCCCCGGCGGCAAGGAGAGCGGGGACCCGUCGGACGUGAGGCGCCCGCGGGAAGAGGACGCCACCUCUGGACGGUUGUGUUCCCCAGCAGGUGUCAGGCCUGGACCGGCGAGGCAGGAUGUCCCGGAAGGCGCCCAGGAAGGCUGCGAGGACCUCACCAGACCCGCGGCCGCGAAGAAGAGAGCGAGAGGCCCCAAGCCAGUGCGAACAUUGGUCAUGACCAGCAUGCCCGCUGACAAGCAGAGCAUCGUCACCCGGGUGGUGGCCAAACUGAGAGGCUUCUCGUUGGCCCGAGAAGUGUGUGAGAGCACCACCCACGUGCUGGCCGGGCAGGCGCUGCGCACCCUCAAUGUGCUGCUGGGCCUGGCCCGCGGCUGCUGGAUCCUCUCCUACGAGUGGGUCCUGUGGUCUUUGGAGCUGGGUCACUGGAUCUCUGAGGAGCCCUUCGAGCUCUCCGACUCCUUUCCUGCCGCUCCGCUCUGCCGCCAGGAGCGCCACCUGUCCGCGGGGCAGUACCAGGGGACGCUGUUCGCCGAUCAGCCCACGAUGUUCAUCUCACCAGCCAGCGACCCCCCCAGAGCCAAGCUGUGGGAGCUGGUCCUCCUGUGUGGGGGUCGGGUCACCGGGGUCCCUCGCCAGGCCAGCCUCUUCAUCGGGCCCUGCCAGGGGCGGAGGAAGGAGACCGUCACCUACCUGUCGGAGAAGUGGAUCCUCGACUCGGUGACCCAGCACACGGUCUGCGCCUGCGAGGACUACCUGCUGCGGCAGUGACGCCGCCCGCACCUGAGGCGGCUCCGUGGUCGCUCCCCGAGACGGAGGUCGUGGGAGGAGCCCCCAGAGGGCCGUCCCGCCGCCGCCCCACGCCCUCCCGUGGCCCCGCGUCCUGGAGGCGGGCUGCCGGGGCACCUGUGUCUGGCAGUGGCCGUGAUCAGAGCUCCAGACCCUGGUCUCUCGCCUGGUAAAUAAAGAGUGCGAUCGGUUCAUG